CUCUACUGGACCACUCACACAGAGCAUAAAGAUCCGAUACCUCCUUACUGCUUAUUGCUGCCUUGAGUACACCAGCUCACCCUUUGAAAAGGAUUACACUCAAAAAUGAUUAGAUAUUAUGGAUGUUUCCAGGAUAAACAGGAAGCUAGUUAAUGCCAGGAAAUGCAUAGCCUGCUUAGUAUAAAACAUAAGCAAUUUUCUUAUUUACUGCAUAAUGGAAAGACAUGGAAUUCAUGUAAUUUCACAAUCGGGAUUACACACACUAUUUAAAAAAGCAUUUGUAGGAGGUUAAACAAGUCAGUGAGCAAUCUUGUCUUUUAGCUUGUGUUUUGCUGGGAUGUAAAUCAGGUAGUGUUGCCUGAUUUGUCAUGUGAUUCCAUUCGAAGCGUGAUUCCUAAAAUUAUGGGUACUCAAAAAUAGGAAGUCCAAGUUCACCAAUCUACAAAGAAAUAUACACAAACAAACUGAGGAAAUAAAAGACAUGUAUUGCAAGACAAAAAAACGAAUAAUAUUGAUAUUAGUAUUUAACCUGUUUAGAUAUGAAUUAAUACACUUUACUGGCCAUUAACCAAUGGCAGCAUAUUCUGAUACCCCAGAUAUACACAUCAGAACCUACUACCUUCAGUAUUUAACCUGUUUAGAUACCCUAACCCUGUUUUGAUAACACUUUACAGCUUCAGUUAUGAAAAAAAUACUUUUCAUGUAUAUUAAAAAAUAAAAGACUUGGUGCUGUACUUGCCGUGUUGUCGCAGAGCUACUUCAGACUAGUCUUCGAGAAGAGUACGUUGGUAGCAUAAAUUUAUGGGCGUGUAGCCACAAGAAACAAAAAUGCUAAGCACAUGCACAGUAGCCUUGGGUAGGACAUUUCGAUAGGUAGGAUGAAAUGAUAGUACACCUGUAUUUUCCUGGUGGGCUGGUUUUGUGAGAGCUGGUCUUUCUUCCCCAUCCCUGGCAUUAAAUAGCCUAUGUAAAUAAGGGGUGCUUGUUUCCAGGGUGAUGAUUAAUGGAUAAUACUUCAUUUAAUUGAUGGCCGACCGGUUGAUCGCGAUCAGCACUUUUUGGUUCGGAUACACAUUUUAAAGUCGCUCAGGAUAUGAACGUUUUUGUCAUACCUGUAUAUAAUAUACAAUUUAUAUGUAUGUCUUACUUUUAGGAUGUGAAAUGAACAUAAUCCUUAUCAAAAUUUAAGAAGAAUAUUUGUACCGGCCUAACUGAACUAAUACGUUUCAGUUAAAAAAUACAGCUGCAGUCUACCAUGCAAUAGUCUGCUAUGUGGUAGUCUGCCAUGGAGUAGUCUGGCAUCCUGUUUAAGGGGGUACCUGUAAACCUACAAUACUGCAUAAGUCAUUAUGAAAGAUGGAUGGAUGUCCAGAGUCAUACUGUUGAGACAUAUUUUAUUAUGCAUGAUAUCGAACUUGUCAGCCAAAUAGGAAUUGGCUUUUUAAAUGGGAAUUCACAAUUUUUUUAUGGGAAAAUUGCCAAUAGAGAAACAGCAUGUACCAGAAAUGACAGGGCAACGAAUUGGUACGUUGUUGACUUAAGAAUAAAGUCGUUAGACCCACUUGCAGCAAGAAUGGUGUCAUAAUACAAGUGUUGACACAAGUUUAACUGGUAAGGUUUAUCUUCGUAAGUAAACUGAAAGUGCAUUUCUAUGGGUGCCUUAUUUGUUGUGGAAACUGGUUUAAAGUGUUAAUGGACAACUUACUCUGUGUCUCGGGGGAGUGCAUAUUUGUUUUUGGUUCAGGUAUGGAAAGGAACAACACAUUCAACAAAACAAAUGAAAAAAUGUGUCCAGAGAACAUCUACAUUUCUGUCCAAAGACACAUUUAAACUCCCAUCCAGAAUCAUUCGUCAUCAACCAUCACAGAAGGAUCCAGAUGUAGGAAGCUGGGUACAUUAUCUAAAUUUUUGGAAAACAAAGUGUUUUCCCAGGUAUCUGCCUCAAUUGUUCUGGAUGUUGCCAUAUAAAGAAGACAUUAUUAUUAAUGAUGAUUAAUCUUUUUUCCCAGACAAUGAAGGUGAUCUUUCAAAUAAGAAGCUUGCGAAAUAUAUUGUACUUAUUCAUCUUGUUAAAUGCCCAUUCAUUCAUUUUCUGUAAUGGCUGUGGUGGCGGGGGUCGGCUAUGGGUGCAAAGCAGAGAACAACCCAGGAUGGGAUGCCAAGCCAUGGUAGGGCACAAUCACACAAGUACACCUAGGGGCAAUUUGGUCACUCCAGUUAACCUGUGAGGGCAGAGAAACCAGAGUACCUGGAUGAAACCUGGAGAAGAACAUGCAAACUCCACACACAUGGAACUGGGGUGGAAAACUGAACCCUGGGGGGAGGGAGGGGACCGGGCUAAGCCCAGCACCACCGCGCCGCCCACUCGCUAGUACUGUUAUACAUUAACACUACAGUCUGUCUGAUUAGCCUGCUGGAAUGUCUUUCCACCACACCGACUCAUAAGUUGGAUUUUUAAAAACAGUUGUUAUUCACCUCACUGAUAUGUCUCCUUCCCACGCUUUACAACUUCAUAUUUGCUUUGACGAUACAUUUGUGUACAUGUUCCGGUUAUAAGUGACCUGGGAAAAUGGCUGUAUUGGGAAUUUCAUUUUCACUUUCCGCAUGGGGCGCGGCACCAGUGAUGGCUGUAGCUGAAAAGCAGCGUUGACGAUUAAAUGUUUCCUCCGCGUAUAGUUUCCGUCGCCCGAAGGUUAAACAAAAUUGUACCCACGAACCGACCCGUUGGGUACCGUUUUGAGAAGCGGUAUUUCACAAUAUAGUCUAAGUGCCACUUCCUUGACUGCAUGGUUUAGGCGAUCUAAUGAAGCACCAGGCGACUUUUCGGUGUGCAUCUUUUACCCUUUAUCCAGCUGUAGUGAAGUACCUGUUUAAACUAGCUUUAUGUACGAAGAACUGCGCUGCCGCUUGAAUGCAGAAUUUCGGCGCAAUUAUGAGAAAUUGGCUAAUCACAGGGUCUGCUGAUCACGGUCAAUGUGGUCCUACGGCUCAUAUUUCAGCCAUUCAUUCGCAAUAACUAUACUCGUCUGUUAAAUAGUCUCGAAACCAUGACUCCAGUGGCGACUGCUGGCAAUUGUAGUAAUAGCAGGAAAAUUCAAAUAAAAAUGCUGCACGCAGAGCCGCAGAGCUACUCCAAUGCGGAGAUACCUCUUUAUAAAUUAAUCAUUUGGAGGAGUCUGGACAUUUAGAACUAGACACUCGUUAUUCGUUUAAGCACGUUAGAAAUUACUCAUACACGCGAAAGCAUAAAGGACUUAUCUUUAUAUUUAACUCCAUAUGCGUUUUGAAACAUCUAGACAUAUUCUUUCUAAAAGGCAAGCCCUUCCAAAGUGCAUUUAAAUAAAUGAUUUAUGUGAAUUAAAAGUUAUUUUAAAAAUUAUCCUGUGUAAAAAUACUACUUGUGUUUUCCCGAAUGGUAUGAAUUAGUGGAAUGAUCAUAAUGAACAUAAUGGAAGUACAUCUUUUUAGAACGUGUAAUUUAGGGCACUUACCUUAACUCCUGUUUAGCUUGUGAGGAGCUAAUUACAACCAAUAAACAAGAAUUAGAUAUUUAAUUCUUUUGAAAUACGGGUUGUAUAGUAAUGAGAUGGUAUGAUUAAUUAGUAUAAUAUUACCUCAAAGUAAUUGUGUGUCUAGAAAGGACUUCUUAGUGGCAUAAGUUAGGAAUGACAAAUUAACAUCCCCUGGGAAGUAUUAUUAUAUACGUCAUCAUUAUAUACAUCAGUAUCAUUAUUAUAUCAUCGCUAUAAUUCUUUCUGCUCUUGAACUAUUAUCUUGUGCAGGGACUAGAGAGUGUAGCGGUGGGUCGAGAUCUUUAUGGUUCAAAUGACCUUUGUGCAAAUUUUGGAGAUGUACUUUUCCUAAAAUUCAACUAUUGUUGUUUUUCAACGCACAGCCACAAUUCUUCUGUUAAAAUAAACGCUUAGACUGAUUUCACAGUCUUCGACCUUCUUUAAUUUAGUAGGCCUAAAUAGUCUAUCGAUGGUAAUAUGUGAUGUUUUAUAUUAUAUCGUCAUGGCUUAUUCUGUAGUUAUUUUCAAUAUUAUAGAGCUCAGUUAAAUUAUUCUAAAAUAUUACAUUUUGACUUCAUGACCAGGUAGGGGUAAAUGUUUGAAUUUAGGUAACGACUGGUAAUUCUGGAUGAUAAUACUUUUCGCUGUUUGUUGAAGCCAGAGAAAAUACAUAAACACAGGCAAAAAAAACAAUUGAAGCGACAUUUCGCAUGGUUCAAAAUAUCAUCAUGAACUUGCUGGAAAAACCAUCCAGUAGGCUAUUACUUUAGCUAGGCUGUCAAUUAUAUAUCGAUCGAGGACCGGCAUAUAGGCUAACAAAAAAGAGAAGCUAUAGUACGUUAUUAAUCAAACGAUUUUAUGGCAGGUCGGCACAGUGACUCCAGCCAGAUUGGCUUCGCAGGCCUGCAAUGGUAAAAGCCGUCUACGCUAUGAUUUCAAUACAAGCAUAGUCAGCCACACCUUUGCAUUAUUACCUGCGCGGAAGUAAAGGGGCAAGGUUACACACAAGCAUGUAUGCAGAUCGCACACUGUAGGAUCUACCUUCGUAACACAGAAACAUCCGCGAAGAUCAAUGGAGAUUGUCCUGCUGAGCCUGAGUUUUAUUCUUCUGUACAGUCUCGGCGUCGUGGGAGGGACCUGCUCCGUUGGAAGCGUGGUGACCUGUAACGACUGUCUGCGACAGGGUCCUCAGUGCGCCUGGUGCAGGCAGGAGAACUUCACGGACAGGUUUGCUGUCAGCGAGAGAUGUGACACGGAGGAGAUCCUGGAACAGAAGGGGUGCAGCCUGGAGCUCAUCGAGUUUCCUGUAACUAGUGUUUGGAUCCAUCAGGAUGAGCCGGUGGGGAAGAGCGAAGGCAACGCCAACAUCACUCAGAUAUCGCCACAGAAAAUGUCUAUGAGCGUGAGAACAGGAAGUGAGGUCACAUUCCAAAUCCACGUCCAGCAGACAGAGGACUAUCCCGUGGACAUUUACUACCUGAUGGACCUGUCUGCAUCAAUGUUUGACGAUCUGCAGAUGAUUAAAAACUUGGGAACCACCCUAUCCAAGGAGAUGGCCAAACUGACAAGUAAAUUCAGGCUGGGCUUUGGAUCGUUUGUCGAGAAACCGGUCCUCCCCUUUAUUAAAACCAUGCCUGCCGAUUUAGAGAACCCCUGCAGCUACUUUGGCAUCAGUUGUCUGCCCACGUUUGGAUACAAGCACGUCCUUCCACUCACCGCCAACAUGGAGAAAUUCAAUCAAAUCAUAAAAGGCCAAAAGGUCUCGGCCAACGUCGACAAUCCAGAAUGUGGCUUUGAUGCCAUCAUGCAGGCAGCCGUCUGUGGGGAGAAGAUUGGCUGGAGGAAUGACUCUAUGCACCUGGUGGUGUUUGUUAGCGAUGCCGACUCACACUUCGGAAUGGACAGCAAGAUGUCGGGCAUCGUGAUCCCCAAUGACGGAAAGUGUCACCUGGACGACAGAAACGAGUAUUCCAAAUCCACUGUCCUGGAGUACCCAACUCUUGGACAGCUCAUCGACAAGCUGGUAGAAAACAACAUCCUUCUGAUAUUUGCUGUCACUAGCAAGCAGAAGAGUAAUUAUGAGAACUAUGCCAAGCUCAUCCCUGGGGCUACUGUCGGAGUCCUUGCCGAAGACUCCCGGAACAUCCUGGAGCUGAUUGUGAAUGCCUAUAAAGAGCUGCGGUCGGAGAUCGAGCUGGAGGUCCUGGGUGACACGGAGGGCCUGCAGAUCUCCUUCACGGCCAUGUGCCACGACGGCAGCGUGCUGCCUGGACAGAAGCGCUGCUCCAACGUCAAGGUCGGAGACUUGGUGUCCUUCAACGUGACGGUGGAGCUGUCCGAGUGCCCGUCGGGUCCCAAGCACUUCACCGUGAAGCCGGUGGGAUUCCAGGACGCACUGGAGGUGCAGCUGGAGGGGCUCUGCCAGUGCGACUGCCAGCGGCGGCCCGAGCCCCACAGCAGCCUGUGCAGUGGCGGCCGGGGGGCGCUCCAGUGCGGAACGUGCCUGUGCGAUGCCGGCUACAUGGGCCCGCGCUGCGAGUGCACUGAGGAGAGCGUGCAGAGCAGCAGCUGCAGGGAGCAGCCCGAGGCGGAGUCCUGCAGUGGCCAGGGCGAGUGCUACUGCGGCCAGUGCAUCUGUAACCCCUCAAACUUCGGCCGCAUCUAUGGCGCCUACUGCGAGUGCAACGACUUCUCCUGCGUCCGCUUCCGUGGCGACAUCUGUGGAGGGCACGGGGACUGCGACUGCGGUCAGUGCGCAUGCCACCCGGGCUGGACGGGCGAGUACUGUAACUGCAGCAGCAGCACGGACGCAUGCCUGUCGGCAGAGGGGGCGCUCUGCAGUGGCCGGGGGGCGUGCGUCUGUGGGAAGUGUGUGUGCUCUGUGCCGGAGGCCUCAGGGCGGACCUGCGAGAGAUGCCCCACCUGCGGGGACAACUGUAGCCUCUUUAGGGGCUGCGUCGAGUGUCACCAGCAGGACAAGGACCCCCCCGAGGACUGUCACCUCAAGUGCAGCGCCCCGCACGUCUCCGUCAACCGCACUGCAGAUAAAGUUUCAGAGUAUGAUGUGAGCCAGUCUGUCACUUGUGCCCUGAAGACGGAGAAAGACUGCGUCCUUUCAUUCGGACUGGUGACAGGAGAGCACGGCAACGUCAUCUACAACCCCAAACUAUCCGACUGCCCCGAGCCCCCCAACAUUGAAAUGAUAGUGCUGGGUGUGUCGCUGUCGGUCCUCACCAUCGGCCUCAUCCUGCUGGGGAUCUGGAAGCUGCUCGUGUCUGUCCACGACCGGAAAGAAGUGGCCAAAUUUGAGGCAGAAAGGGCCCAGGCAAAAUGGCCAGUGGGUACGAACCCGCUCUUCAGAAGCUCGACGUCGACCUUUAAAAAUGUGACGUACAAAAAUAACGACAGGCAGAAAGUGGACAUUUUAUUGGAUGGAUAUUGAGCCCUUUCCUACAACGUCUUUGAUGAACUGCAGAAUUAUUAUUAUUAUUUUUUUUUUUUUUGCUGUGAGCAUUUAAACUUUCAGGGACGUGAAGAAAUCAGUCACUACUACUGAUGCAAAUGUUUGCUGGAACACUGGAAUAUCACUUUUUUUUAGCUCCUUUUCUCGGUCAGAGACUGUACUGUAUCGUUUUGUAUGUCGCGUUCGUCACUAUUUGUAUAGAAAAGUUUAAGAAAUCUUAGCUGGAAUCCUCGAGGCUGAGCCUUGAAUUGUCGUAAACUGGACACUUAUUUAGUAAUAUUUGCGUUAAUAAAUCUUAAGUUUGAUGGAGCUACGGUUUUAAGACUAUUUCUGUUGUCUGAUUAACGAUCUAAUCGUUAGCUAAUAAAAUACUAGUUUUUA